GCUGGCAAGCUCACUUUCCAAGCGUCUGGCUGUCAGGACACCUUCUCGUAAAAGUUGGCAACAUUGGGGCCCUAAGUCUGCUCACCUAUGUCUCUUUGACUUGAUAGAAGUGCCCAUCGUGGGGCAUGAUGCCGUCAUAUCGAGACCUUCUCCAGGUGGUCGAGGUGGCGGUAUCGGGGGCGGAGCUGCAGCCGGAGGAGCGGGGGCAACUGGAGAUAGCGCUGCGGCAGCACCAGCAAACGUUCCGGGAUCUGCUGAAUUAUCCGCCCCCUCGACCGGAGGACCGUAAGCAUGUCCAGUCACGCGACGUGCGCUUGCCGAACGCCCCCCCCACGCUGCUCGACGAGCAAGACGUGCAGAUCGCGCUGAAGCUGAGCGACGACUUCAAUCUCAACGAGCUGGACUGCGUGGAGCUGCUGAUAGCAUGCCACCAGGAGAAGGACAUCACGGGCCGGAGCCCCCUGGAGAUCCUGCGCCUGGCAGCGGGUAUCUAUCUGGAAGAGCGCCGGUCGCUGAUUUCAGCGCUUCACUUACUCCUCAAGGGCUGGGCGUACAACAUGGUGGCGCCCCGGCUGGCGCAGGACCUGUUCGACUACCUCAAGGACCUCAUGGGGGCCGGCCUGCGCACGCGGAUUGUCGAACUCAUCAAGGGCUUGAGCCGGGAGGAGCCCGCCGGAAUGGGCAACGCGAGCUGCGAGCCGUACGUGGCGGAUCUGCGGGGUUCGCUGGUGCCGCGCGCAUGGGCGGUCCAGAAGGAGAGGAUGCUCCUCUCGGAGUGCCUCGUUUACGCGUCCCUUGUCACGCGCAUCACGCCCGACGAGUGUUCCAAGCUGUUCGACCUGGUCCAGCACACAGCGCAGGACUACGCGCGACGGCCCGACGGGGUGACGCUCUAUAUGGCUUACACGGCGACCUUUACCCUAGUCAACACGCUCAUGUCGGACUCAGCGACGUCUAGCGACGAGCGGCCGGCGGUGCUCAUGACGGAUGCCGCAUUCAUUGGAAGCUUCCAGAACAAGAUCGCAGCCAGCCACGUGGCAGCCGUUGAGCCAUGGGCCGCCAUCGUACGGUUGGCAUGGGCCGUCUUCCUGCUGAAUGCCGCGUCCAAGGGCGGGUCCGGCGUCGCAAACGCCAAGCUGGCUUCGGACGUCCGGGCGUGGCUGGACAAGGCCGUGGAGCAGAACGUGUUCCACUUCCUGGUCUACAAAGUGCUGCGGACGCCCACCUUCAAGAACGACGACGAGGACGUGAAGCGCGUCCACUUCACGUACCUGCGCCGCCUCGUGACGGACCUCCUACGUCACGAAGCCGGGCGGGAGCUGGUGCAAGAUCUCAAGGACCAAGCAUACGCCGCCCCGCCCCCCGACCUCUCCGAAAGUGGCGCGCUCGUGCCGAUGACGCCCGGGGGAUCCGUACCGGUCGCACAGGCUGCGGACCGACCGCAGGCGCCGUUCCUGGCGCUGAUGGAGCUGACGGGAAUCGUAUUCGGGGUGCCUCCUGAUCUGGUGAUCGACGAGCAGGACGUGCUCAACCCGACGGUUCUCGGCUUCGUCGAGUUCGCCGGAGAGGACCACCGCGGCUGGCACACGCUGGAGGCUUUCCUCGACAUGCUGGCGGCGCUUGCGACCGGCGAAGACGGCGCACGUAAAGUGUAUGAGCUCCUACAGAACGGCCCUUUCCGCAUCGCGCGGUGGGCCAGCCUGUUCAGCUCGUUGCUCGAGUACGACCGGCGCUUCCGGGAGGCGCUGCAGAGCACCGGGGAGGAGCCGCCCUUUCCCCCGGGGGACGCACGCGCACUGGAAGCCUACUGCCGGGUCCUCAGGAAGGUGGUCCAGGAGGGCGCCCCUGCCGAGCGCGCGCAAUGGUUCCCCGACAUCGAGCCGCUCUUCCGUCUGCUCCCCUUCGAGAACGUCCCGCUGCGCCUCAAGGCCGCGCUGCGCCGGGCUAUCGCCGCCUUUGUGCCGGUCUCUCAGGCGACUCGUGACCGCAUCUUCGCCCUUUUGGACGCAUACGACAUCCCGCUGGUGGCGCCUCCAGUGCCGCUUUCCACCACUCCUGGUGCCCCCCUCCCUGGGCAGGCAUACGAUAUGGUGUACGAGCUAAACGAGGUGGAGGCACGUGACGAGCUGUACCCCUCCACCCUGUCGUACCUGGAGCUGCUCAACGCGCUUAUUGCCGCGGACCCGGAUGCGCCGGACCAAGGCAGAAGAUACAGCACCUACUUCCGCUUCUUGCGGGACCAUGUGUUCGGCCCCUACGCACAGCGCGGCUACAGCGACCCCGAAGAAAAGUGGAGGAUCGCUGUUGCGUCGCUCAGCCACUUUGAAAGCAUGCUGCGAGUAUACCAUCCUUCGGACGCGGACCAGGCGUAUGCAUCCGAGCAGCGGCAGGGCCAGCCGUCCGAAGGCGAGGCGCUGGGGACGUCGGACGCAGCUAAAGCACCCCCGCCGGGGAUUGAAAUCAUGAAGGAUCUGAUGCAAGGGCGCGUGAUUUUCCGCAACCUUCUGGCGCUGCUCAUGUCCGGCGUCGACAGCGUCAAGGACCAGCGCGAGAGCCUGGCUUACGGGGAGCUCGUGGAAGAGGCCGUCCGGCUGGCGCUGAGCGUUCUCGUGCUAGCGAUGGGGAAAGACGCUGCGCUUGCGGAACUCUGGCGGCCAGGUUAUAAGAGCAUCGACCAGAUCCUGUCGUUCGAUCUGCGCCAAGUGGUGGCCCUCCUAGAGUAUGUGCGCUACGAGGACAAUGUCGACAUCCAGCAGACCUCCUUGCGCCUCAUGACGACCCUCAGCGAGCGCGUCGCCCAGCUCGCUCCAAUCAUCAUGGAGUCCGGCGCCGCCCCUCAACUCAUCGAGGAUUUCGCGCUCUGCCUGGAAGCCGCCGCGAACCAACCGGAGGCGCCUGAAAAUCCGGAAGAAGACUCGGUGUUUCUGAUCCUGAAGAUUCUGAUCUCCAACCUGGACCGCCCCGCCCCCAACGUGACACAUCUUCUGUUGGGCUUCGACUGCGAGCACUCCGUCGAGCGGUCGUAUCUCAAUCCAGUCCGCGUCCACAGCUCCUUACGGGUCCUCCUCGACCAUCUGCUGAACCUCCCAAGGCUGGAGGAGAACCCCCGCUUAUACGAGUUUGGCUUCCAGCUUAUGUACGAGCUCGCCGUCGAUCCCGUCGUCCGAGGCCCUGUCAUCGAGCUCCUCGGACGUCCGAAGUACGAGUUCUUCUCCAAGCACCUGAGCGCGCUCGUCUCGGAGCCCCUGCCCAAGCGCACCGCUUACCACGCCCUGAGAGUCAGCAGUUUGCAGCAGCGCGCGUGGCUUCUCAAGCUGGCCGCCCUGGAGCUCCACGUGGCGGACGCCGACGUGCAGCAGCAGAAGGAGGGCUGCCGGCGGCUGCUGGGCCGGCUGUUCCGGAAGGGGCCCUACGGAACGGAAGAGGAAGAGGACGGCGGAAACGUGCUCGCGCUGCCCGCGGCGGAGAUUGAGGCGAUCAACGUGGAGGUGCAGACGCGGAAGGUACUCGAGAUUUUCGACGUCGUUCUCUUCCAGCUCCCCGAGCCGUCCCCCGGGGACCUUUCCCCUGGCGUCCAGAGCAUGCGCGACGAGCUGAAAGUGGAGGAGCUGCUGGAGAGCGACGCCUCUGUGGAAGAAGGCGGGGUGGUCCGCUUCUCGGAACGGGGCGACCGCCUGCUCGACAUCGCAGCGCUCUCGGACGCCCUCAUGCAGGGUUACAAGCGCCUCGAGUCGUACCUGAACCUUCAGGCGGGGAGCUCCACCCAAGAGGAGCUGAAAGAGGCGGUGCAAGCCACACUGCGGUGGGCUUGGAAGCAGAAUCAGUACGUCGAAGAGCGUUCGGCGCAGCUUCACAUGCUGACGGGCUGGCAGCAGCUGGUCGAGAUUGCCAUCUCCCGGCGCUUCCCGCUCCUCCCCCAGGCCGGGGGAGCCGCCCCGGGCGUUCUCCAGGAGCUGCUCGACGCCACCCUGAGUGCAGCUGGGGCGCCGGACUGCCCGGUACAGCUGGCGUAUCCAAUCUGCCAGGUCGCUACUUCGGUCAUGGCCAAGCUGCAAGAGCACAGCAUGACGUCAGCGGUUUGGGGCGACACUUCGGACGAGGUGACGUACGCGGACCUGUUGUCGACCGUCCGGCUGCCGCCCCGCACGUGCCACGCCCUCCUCAAGAAGCUGCUGACGGUCAUUCUUAGGCCUGACACCUCCGAGCUGCUCAAACGGAGACUUUACACCACGCUCCUAAGCUUCCUCCAAUACUCCCGGGGCGUAGCCAACCGCGAAGUUCCAAGUUCGGUCAUGAAGGUUCUUCUUCCGGAGGACGGGUCUUCCGACGAGGCUGCAGACGUUGAGCGGAUUCAACGAGAACAAAACGAGCUGAUGCAAGGGAACUAUGCGGUGCUGAGAAACGAAGCGACUGCGCUUGUGGACGUGGUAGCCAGAGACGCGCUUCAAGGGAGCGAGGUCGGCCGCGCCCUUGCGUUCUACGUCCUGGAGGCGCUGAUCGCGCUCGAUACUCAGCAGGCGUUCCUCAGCCAGCUGCAAAGCCGGGGGCUGCUGCAAAAUUGCCUCUCCGACGUCGCCAACAAUGCAUACCAGCUGGUGAUUCUUCCAUCCCCCGACUCUGUGCGUAAGCUCUACACAAUGGAGGCGCAGAUCUCGCUCCUCCUGCGGGUGGCGCAUCACAACUCCCCCCGGGGGGCGCAAGCGCUGUUCUCGAUGGGAGCGCUCAAUCACCUGGCCAGCUCGCGAGCCCUGGACGUCCAGAUACCGGACGGCCCGGAAGAUGGCCCUGGGCGGAACCCUGCGGUGCCGAUGCCGUCGCAGCGGGAGCGGUUGCACCAGGUGCUGGCGCCCUCGCUGCGGCUGGUGACGUCAAUCGUGACCGCACUACCAAAGAGCGAGGACGUGCGUGCCGAGGCCGGAGAGUUUGUCCGACAACACGCGGCAACGCUCGUCCGGAUCGUGGAGAGCGCUGACCUGGAGGAGCUGCAGCUUGCCACGUGGCUGGUGGGGCGCAUCUGGCCGUCGAUGAGCACCGACAGGGAUCCCUUCAAGGCGCCCAUGUUCAUCCGGAGCAUCGACUUCUUCUGCCUCGACGCUGUGUCGCAGAACAAGUACGUGCGUCGGCUGCAAGCGGUGCGCAAGUCGGCGGGUCCGGAGGGCAUCAUCGCGCCCCGGGAACACGGCGAGCUGCGGAGACUGCGCCACGGAGUGUUGCAAGUGCGGAACAACUUGCUGACGUACUUAAAAGGAAUUGUGGACCGCUCGGGAGAGCGAUUCCACUGCUUCAGAUCGGACGGAGAGAACGGCAUAUCGCGCGCCCCCACCCUCGCGCUGAUUGCGGACGUCCUGGAGCAGAGCACGUCGGACGUAUUCGCGGCGACGCAGGAGGGGCAUCAGCUGCUAAACAAGGUCUCUGAAGUCAACGACACGUCGCGCGCGGAGCUGCUGAAGGUGAUCGAGACAUACGGGACUCACGAGUACGAUGCGCGGGGAGACUCUGCACGGAAGCGGCGACACGUGGCGCUCGUAGAGAUGGCGGCCGCGGCCGCGUCCAAGGGCCGCCAAGUGUCACUCCUGGUGUCAAUCAUCGAGCACGGGCUGGAGAUCAUCUACAAGCACUUCCAGGACAGCAGGCCUGGAUCUACCGAGCCGCAAGUCGGGAGUCCGGACGAUUUGCGGCGGUUGGGGCGGCAUCUUCUGCCAACGCUCCAGAAGCUGGAAACGCUCCAAGAGGACCGACUCGGGCAAAGUCCGCAGUUCAUUCACCGCUUGGGUCAGUGGAUCAAGUCGCAGCUAUUGGUCGAGACGGAAAGAGCCGGAUCUCGCUAGGUACGGCGAUGCCACGGCUCGGGCGGAGGUGGCCUUUGAAUCAGACCGGUUCUAGAUAGAAGUUGCAUCCGAAAUUGGGUCCGGGAACGUUGUCAAAGUAGUACAUCGAGCAACCUGUCAGGAGUCGUCAACGAGAUGGAACUUAAGUGCGAACUCAAUUUUCUGUUACGGCACCGCGGCUGUCAACACGUUUAGAGGCAGAUCUUUCAAUCUGGCGGGGGCAGGCCGGCCACCGAGAUACAUGCGUCGCAGACUGUCGGCACACAUAUAGCGGACAGCUUCGAUUGCGGACCA